UCCCUGUGGUCUAGUCCAGGGACGCCCCUCGCGGGCCGGGCGGUCUGGGAUGAGCACCGCGGCCGCCGGACGCGUGGCUGAUCCCUGAGCGAGGAUGGUGCGCCGGGGGCUGCUCGCGUGGGUCUCCCGGGUGGCGGUCUUGCUUGUGCUUCUCUGCUGCGUCGUCUCCGUCCUCUACAUGCUGGCCUGCACGCCAAGGGGCGACGACGAGCAGCUGGCGCUGCCCAGGGCCGGCGGCCCCACGGGGAAGGACGGGUACCAGGCGGCCAUGCGGGAGUUGGAGGAGCGUCAUCGCGACUACAUCAGCAGCCUCAAGAGGCAGAUCGCGCAGCUCCAGGGGGAGCUGCAGGAGAGGAGCGAGCAGCUCAGGACCGCGCAGCACCUGGCGGGGGACCCCGCGGGCCCCCCCGGGAGGGCCCAGGCCGACCUGCUGGCCUUCCUGCGCUCCCAGGUGGACAGGGCGGAGGUGCACAGCGGCGUCAAACAGGCCACCGAGUAUGCCGCCGUACCCUUUGACAGCUUCACCCUGCACAAAGUGUACCAGCUGGAGACGGGCCUGACCCGCCACCCCGAGGAGAAGCCCGUGCGCAAGGACAGGCGGGACGAGCUGGUGGAGGUCAUCCAGCUGGCCGUGGAGGCCCUGAGCAGCCCGGCCGAGAGCGGCCCCGACCAGCGGCCUUACACGGCCUCGGACUUCGUCGAAGGGAUCUACCGCACAGAAAAGGAUAAAGGCACUUUGUACGAGCUCACGUUCAGAGGGGACCACAAGCACGAGUUCAGACGCCUUGUCUUGUUCCGACCGUUUGGCCCCAUCAUGAAGGUGAAGGAGGAGGAGCUGAACAUGGCUGGCACGCUGGUCAAUGUCAUCGUCCCACUGGCCAGGAGGGUGGACAAGUUCCGGCAGUUCAUGCAGAAUUUCAGGGAGAUGUGCAUCCAGCAGGAUGGGAGAGUUCAUCUCACUGUCGUUUACUUUGGAAAAGAAGAAAUGAAUGAGGUCAAAGGAAUACUUGAGAACACUUCCAAAGCCGCCGGCUUCAGGAACUUCACCUUCCUCCAGCUGGACGGGGAGUUCUCUCGGGGAAAGGGGCUGGACGCGGGCGCCCGCGCCUGGACGGGCCACAACGUGCUGCUCUUCUUCUGCGACGUGGACAUCUACUUCACCGCCGAGCUCCUCAACACCUGCAGGCUGAACGCGCAGCCAGGGAAGAAGGUGUUUUAUCCGGUCCUUUUCAGUCAGUACAAUCCUGGCAUAAUAUACGGCCAUCAUGACUCGAUCCCUCCCUUAGAAAAGCAGCUGGUCAUAAAGAAGGAAACUGGGUUCUGGAGAGACUUCGGGUUCGGGAUGACGUGCCAGUACCGGUCCGACUUCAUCAACAUAGGUGGCUUCGACCUGGACAUCAAAGGCUGGGGUGGCGAGGACGUGCACCUUUACCGCAAGUACCUGCACAGCGACCUCAUCGUGGUGCGGACGCCCGUGCGGGGCCUCUUCCACCUCUGGCACGAGAAGCGCUGCGUAGACGAGCUGGCGCCCGAGCAGUACAAGAUGUGCAUGCAGUCCAAGGCCAUGAACGAGGCGUCCCACGGGCAGCUGGGGAUGCUGGUCUUCAGGCGCGAGAUAGAGGCCCACCUCCGCAAACAGAAACGGGAGACAAGGAGCCAGAAAACAUGAGCUCCCCGAGGCCCAUGUGGGGAGAUGGUUUAUUUUCUUUCCUUUUGCAAUUACCAAAUGAAUGGCUGCAACAAGGAGAAGAUUGCCCUGAAGGGCAAGAAAAGAAUUUGACUGAUGAAAAGAAUUUGAUUAGUAAAGCGGGGCGAGGGGGGAGCCUCCUGUUUUCCUCUGCCUGUUUAGCUUCUGCAUCCUGGCCUGCAAAAACAGCCCAAACGCACCCGUCCGGUGUCUGACAAAGGCGGCCUGAUCGUGAGAUUGUGAGCCUAAUGGUGUGUUUACGCAAAGCAAGAGCUGUUUGUUGUCUAGGCUUACUGAACUAUUCACGAACGAAGACCAGUUUUGUAAGAAGUUCAUUAGAAUGGAAGGCCAGCACAUCCCUCCCCAUCUGAGCGAUUAUCAGCGGGGCUGUAGUGUCUGGGAUGCUGAAAUGUCAGGAGGCCGGUGAGGAGAGACCCUGUGAAAUUCAAAGAUACACGCAUCGUGAUCUUUGUGACUAUAUCAAGCAAAACCAAAUGGACUAAAAACGAAAAAAAAAAAAAAACCCAUAGCUAUUGUAUCAUCUCCGCCCAAGAUUAACCAAAAAUAACCUGCUCAUCCAUCUUUUUGGUUGUAGUUUUAACAAUCUCUGUUAAUUUUAUUUAAAAUGCACUUUUUUGGCUUAUGAGUUAUAUUCUGCUUCUUUAAUUACCCGUUCGCAAGCCUUACCAAGAGAGCAUAAGUUAGCUACAUUUUUGCGUUUUUUUUGAGAAGAUACUUUUAGCUGCAUUAUGAGAGCUUUCAGUUCAGAGCAUGGGA